CGCCCACAAGCCUCGCGCGCUCUCGCAGGUACCGGGUCGGCCGGGUGUGCUGCGGCCCGGGGCCCAUGGCGGCGUCGGCGGCUCUGUCGGUGGCGGCGGCGGCGGCGGCCCUGUCCGGCCUGGCGGUGCGGCUGUCGCGCUCCGCCGCGGUCCGAGGCUCGUACGGCGCCUUCUGCAAGGGACUCACGCGCACGCUGCUCACCUUCUUCGACCUGGCCUGGCGGCUGCGCAUGAACUUCCCCUACUUCUACGUGGUGGCCUCGGUGAUGUUCAAUGUCCGCCUGCAGGUGCGCAUCGAAUGAGCGCCCGCGGCGGGGGCAAGCGGCCGGCCGCCGU